UCUUUUCUCUGUCCACAAAGGUAUUCAUGCCAUUGAUCUCAUUUUUUUUUGUCUGUCUAGAUCCUGAAAGUUGAUUUAACUUCACCAAGACCCAGCAAAGAAGAGAAUGAGCGCGGGGAAUAAGCAUAUUGUAGUGAUCGGUGCCGGAGUCAUCGGACUCCAGGCAGCCAUUUCGUUGCUCGAGGCAGGCUAUCAAGUCACGAUCAUCGCGAAGCACUUCCCCGGCGAUCUGUCCGCCGAGUACACAUCGCCUUGGGCCGGUGCUCACUGGAGAACUCACGCCGCGCCUGAGGAUGCGAGACAACGAGCCUGGGAUGUGGCGAGCUAUCGAAAAUGGUACGAAACCGUGCAAGAAGAGCAAAAAAACCCGAGACAGACAAGAAGUGGGCUGGGUAUUUACAGCUCUAAGUUCUACUGGUGAGUGGCCGACUGCUUUGCUCCGAAGUGGAGUUCAUCCGUCUCAGCGAUCUCGACGUAGUGAGGACACUUCGCCGCCGUGGUUCGCCAACGAGGUCAAGGGCUUCCGGAUGAUCGGUACGAGACGGAUCAACGGCAAGGUCCUGACCGGGCACGAGUUCGAGUCGAUCAUGAUCAACGUGCCCAGAUAUCUGGACUACUUGCGCCAGAGGGCGGUCGAGCUCGGAGCACGUAGUCUCAAGACGACCCUGCCCGUCUCAACGACGCUGGCAGGGACCCUUCGGCACGCCGCCGAAGUCGUCAGGCACGCAGUAACCGCAACGCCCAUCGACGCGUUCGUCAACGCCACGGGCAUAUCCGCUUCCAGGCUGGUGCCAGACUCGGCCGUGUUCCCGAUCCGCGGCCAGACGGUCACGGUGAAGGGCGAGGCGAAGGGAAUAACCACCGUGGACGCCAGCCCGGACAACGUCUCUCCCGCCAGUCCGAACAUCACGUACGUCCUGCCGCGCCCCCGCUCGGGAACGUCCAUUCUCGGCGGAACAAAGCAGGCCGGCGACUGGGCCGCCGAGCCCGACCGUCUGACGACGCAGGAGAUUCUGGACAGGGCGAAGGAGUUCGCGCCCGAGCUGCUCGACGAGCGUGGGGAAUUCGAGGUCGUCAGCGCCCAGGUGGGCUUUCGGCCGGGAAGGAAGGGCGGCGCGAGAGUCGAGAUCGAGGAAGUGCGCCAGCCUGGCGGGGUGGGCGAGGCGAUGGUCGUCUGUCACUCCUACGGGCAUGCCGGUGCUGGGUACCAGAACAGCAUCGGCAACGCCGACGAGGUGGUUCGCUUGCUCGAGGGGUACUUCAAAGGCCGGUCAGCCAGCAGGGCAAACCUAUAAAAUUUAGAGCUGUCUAGUCUAGUCUAAUCGCUGACGCGGACGCGUCUAUCACGCAACAGCAGAGAGAACCAAUCCGUCACCGUAAA